UACCCAGUGCGCAGUGAUGCAUCUGGGGCAAGCAGCCAGGGGACAUAUGGAAAUGAAGGUGUACCAGGUGCCAAGCGCAAUGGGUUGAAGCCAUCAGUCCCAAAAAGAUCAACCGAGUCUUGUUAAGCCCCCAAAGGACCCUGCACCAUGUCAGGGGGCUCCCCAGGGGACAAGGUGCUGGGUAAUCUGGGCUACAAGUUGGGCCAGACCCUGGGUGAGGGCAGUUACUCUAAGGUGAAGGUGGCCACCUCAGCCAAGUACAAAGGCCCGCUAGCCAUCAAGGUGGUGGAUCGGCACCGGGCACCCCCUGACUUUGUAAACAAGUUUCUGCCACGGGAGCUCUCCAUCCUGCGGGUGAUCCGGCAUCCUCACAUUGUACGGAUCUUUGAGUUCAUCGAGGUCUGCAAUGGGAAACUCUACAUCGUGAUGGAAGCAGCGUCCACGGAUCUGCUCCAGCUGGUGCAGCGACUGGGGAGACUACCUUGUGUCCCUGAUGCCCGGGAAAUCUUUGGACAGAUCGUGGGUGCUGUGCGCUACCUGCAUGACCGGAACCUGGUGCACCGGGACCUCAAGUGUGAGAACGUCUUGCUCACCCCUGACAGCCGCCGAGCAAAGCUCACUGACUUUGGCUUUGGCAAAGAGGCACGUGGCUACCCAGACCUGAGCACCACCUACUGCGGAUCAGCUGCCUAUGCCUCCCCCGAGGUGCUGCUGGGCAUUCCCUACGACGCCAAGAAGUACGACAUAUGGAGCUUGGGGGUGGUGCUCUAUGUGAUGGUGACUGGCUGCAUGCCCUUCGACGACACCCACAUCCUCAGCAUGCCCCGCCACCAGAAGAAGGGUGUCCUCUACCCUGAUGGUCUUCCUCCUCUGCCUGAGCCCUGCAAAACCCUCAUCGCCCAGCUACUCCAGUUCAGUCCAGCUUCCCGGCCUGGGGUGGGACAAGUGGCCAAGAACAGCUGGCUGAAAGGGGAUGUCUAAAAAGCAGCAGCUUUUCCACUCUAGUACCACAUGGUCCAGCUGAGACACUAACUGGGCGGAGCUCCAGCAAGAGUGGUUUUGAUCAUGUGGAGCAGUUGGCAGGAGGUUUACAAAAAAACUGACCACAUGAAGCUGGUGAGGGUAAUUAACUGAGCAACAACCAUGUGGUGUUGCUCAUGAGGGAUUUAAAUGGAUAGCAAUCACCCCGACUUGUCAACUGUGGAUGGACUCUGAGCACAUGGAGCAAUGAAGUGCUGCCGGCUACAUGUGUGUAGUACAGCCCCUGGGCAGUGUGUAGGGAACUGCACUCCUGCCAGCCAGCUGUCUUGGACAUUUCACCAGAGUCCAUUGUGCUCAGAGAUGCAGUAGUUGGAAAGAGACACUAGUUGCCUGCAACCUCCAUGACUGUGCAAUAAACUCUCUGUCCUUUG